UCUAAUCGCGUUUGGCUUUAACAGAAGAAAACAAAUCAGUUUAUGCCUGAUAAGUAAAAAAAAUAGGGAGAAUGGGAGAAUUGGGAAAAUUGUAAAUAAGAUUAAUAUUUCGGUUUAUUGUUUAUUUAUAUGUUAUAAUAUGUGCUUUUGAGAUUUUUUAUCUUAUAUUUUAAUUAUUUCUAUUUUAUCCUAAAUAUCCUAAAUCAACAGCGGAGGCCUACAGGGGGGAUUCGAAAAAAGAACCUGGCAACAUAGCUCUCCUGUGCUGUGUAGUGAGUCGUGCUGGUGUAGGGUACAAGGCUAACUGCUAGCUAGUUAUCAGAAAUGCCACCUAAAGGAAAGGGUGGCAAAGGUGCAAAAGGAGCUGCUGCCUCCGGUAGUGGAGACACAGAUAAGAAAGAGAAAGCCCAGAAAGGAGGGACUGCAGUAAAGGUUCGGCAUAUUCUUUGUGAAAAGCAUGGGAAAUGCAUGGAGGCAAUGGAGAAACUGAAGUCUGGAGUGCGAUUUAGUGAAGUGGCAUCACAAUACAGUGAAGACAAGGCUAGACAAGGAGGUGACCUUGGCUGGAUGACAAGAGGAUCAAUGGUGGGACCAUUUCAGGAUGCUGCGUUUGCACUACCCAUCAGCACAAUGGAUAAACCAGUAUACACAGAUCCUCCCGUGAAAACAAAGUUUGGAUACCACAUCAUCAUGGUGGAAGGCAAAAAGUGACCCCUGUAUUUGAUGGCCAAAUUAGGAAGCUUUGCUUGGUGGCUUUUUUUCCUCAGUUGCUUUGCAGUAAUGUGAGCAGCAGAUUAUUUUGUAACACUGGCUGUAUUUUUUUUAAACCGUGUAAAUAUCAGUUAAUAAAAACUGAAAAAUGUGAA